AUGGGAUGGAUCUUGCACAGGGAGCGUUUGGAGUGCCUGGGUCUCCUUGGGCCCUCUGCCACCAGCACAUGCUCGUGCCUGGUGCUGGUGGGUGACGUGGAGCCGGACCUGAGUGCCGCUGACAGCUGGAUUGGGGUGGUGCCCGUGGGCACCGAGGAGCCGGCCGAGGGCCCCCGGGGUGCCAAGGAGGAGUCCUUCACCACCGCUGUUGUCACCAAGAUGAAGCGAGCCCUGGUGCUGGGGGCCUCUGCCCUGCUUAUCCUGGCGCUGAACCAGAACGCCAUCCGAGAGCUGGACGUGUCCCAGCUGCUCGCCAAGCCCGUCAUCGUCAUCCAGUCCUCCGACAAUGUCACCAGGCUGCUGGGAGCACUGCUGCGUGGGCUCCGGGCUACAGCAAAGAUCACGUACCAGGCAGUGCUGCUGGAGAACCUGGGAGUGACCCUCACACUGUGGUCCACCUGCGGCCUGUCCCGAGGAGGCCUCUACGGGGAGUGGCAGGGGGUCAUCUGCCCUGGGGAGAGCAGCUCGCAGGUCCAGAAGUACCUGCAGCAGCUGUGGAACACCAUCCUGCUGAUCGCCCUGCUGCUCUGCACCGGCGUCAUGGUGCAGGCCCAGCGCCAGUCGCGGCAGGAUCUGUCGGAGCGGGAUGCCGAGCUGGACCUGAAGCAGCACAUCAGGCGGCGGCUGCUGGCACUGAAGACCCGGCGGUACCAUCCCGGGAAGCCGCCCCGGACCCAGGCCUGCGAGAUCGACAGCUGUGCUGUCUGCCUCGACCAGUUCCACAAGAGCCAGUGGCUGCGGGUGCUGCCCUGCUCCCACGAGUUCCACCGGGACUGUGUGGAUCCCUGGCUCCUGCUGCAGCAGACCUGCCCUCUCUGCAAACGCAACAUCCUGGGGAACUGCUGCACAGACAGCUAGCUGGCCCGAGGACACACUGCAGGCACAGACCCACGGCUGCUCCAGGGACGUGGAGGGGGGCAGGGGGUGCCCAGCAAGCGGUGCUUGCCGUUGGAGCAGGGUUGGUGUGGCUGUGCCCUCACAGUGCCCAGACUUUGGAGAGGGAAGGACUCGGGGCUCUCCUGCCGGGUGUGAGUAGAGGGGUGGGGGGUCCAGAUGGGCAGUGUUGGGGAGGGAAGAUUUGGGGCACCCGUGGGUGUAACGGGGUGGGGGGCUGGGGCAGGGAGAGCCCUGGUCCUGCUGCGCUCUUGCCCUGCUCACGGCAAUUUUUCUAACUCUUGGGUUUUUUGUCUAUUUGCUGGUGGCUGUGGCAG